CACAGUAACGUUAAUCAGUUGUGUGUUUAAUUUCAAGCCGGUACUACGCAUCGUCUUCAGAUUUUUUGCAACAAACUUCAACGUCAGUUACAACAGUUUUCUUCGUAAAUCCAAAGGUGUCGAGAUGAUACAUUGUCAGAAUGUCAGCCGCAAAAAAAUAAAAAAUUAUUUUUAAACAAUAAAUGUCGCGAUCCACGGUGGGUCUACGGUGGUUUACCACGUUUUACGAUUAUCUCGGCGUACGUCCGAUACCUAAAGCACCGCGUUUGAAACCCGUCUACACGAUGUCAGACCAGCAGCAGUACGAGCCACCGGCUUUCGACUCGAACUGCAUGACGCUCACGCGGUACGUGUUGGCUCAACAGAAAAAAGUGCCGUCGGCCACAGGAGACCUGACCCAACUGUUGACCAGCAUUCAGACGGCUGUCAAGGCGGUCAGCUCGGCCGUGCGAAGGGCCGGACUGACGCAUCUGUACGGCAUGGACGGGUCCACUAACGUGCAGGGCGAAGACGUCAAAAAGUUGGACGUGCUGAGCAACGAACUGUUCAUCAACAUGUUGGCCUCGUCCUUUACGGUGCACAUGAUGGUCAGCGAAGAAAACGAGACUGUGAUAGAGAUUGAGACUGAAAAACGCGGUAAAUACGUUGUGUGUUUUGACCCUCUGGACGGUUCGUCCAACAUCGAUUGCCUCGUGUCCAUCGGUUCAAUAUUUGGAAUAUUCAAAAAAACCGACGAGAGCAACGAGACAAAAGUAGAAAAUGCCUUUCAACCCGGUAGGAACAUGGUAGCCGCCGGUUAUGCUCUUUAUGGCAGUGCAACAAUGAUGGUGUUGGCGCUGGGCAAAGGGAGCGGAGUCAAUGGGUUUAUGUUAGAUCCGUCGAUUGGUGAGUUUUUGUUGACUGAUAGCAACAUCAAAAUACCCAGCAAGGGAAAUAUCUACAGCAUCAAUGAAGGGUACUCGCAUUUGUGGGACAAGUCCGUAACAGAAUAUGUGAGGAGGAAAAAAGAUCCGGGGUGUGGUAAACCGUACGGUGCCAGGUAUGUUGGCUCGAUGGUUGCAGAUGUACACCGUACAUUGAAGUAUGGAGGUAUAUUCAUGUACCCGGCCACAAAACAAUCACCAAAUGGCAAGUUACGGUUAUUAUACGAAGGAAACCCAAUGGCUUACAUAAUCGAGGAAGCAGGUGGAAUAGCGAGCAAUGGUAAAAUACCAAUUUUGGACCUACAACCCACAGCACUGCAUCAGAGAACCCCAGUAUUUUUAGGCUCCAAAGAUGACGUCAACGAAUUGUUAGAAAUAUAUCAAUCAUAAUGCAUAUUAUAUUUUUUGUAAGAAAUUUAUUAUACAAAAAAGAUUGAACGUAAAAUGUUGUAAAUGUAAUAGUAAUAAUAAAACUUUCUUUUUCUUUUUUUUAA